UCCCGUAUAUCUAGCCAGUCGGGAGAUUAUAUUUGCGCGAGAGAAACGCGUCUGAAAUCUGCGUAAGAAGAUUUGGGAAACCGUGUUUUCAUAAUGUCUAAGGAUCUAAUGUUCUCGAUUUGGGUGUUUUGUGGGUUGUUUUUUCAAGUUGUCUGUUUUGUUCCUGCUCCAACAAACAUCAGUAUUGUUUGUCAGAACUUCGUAAAUGUCCUUUACUGGAACUACAGUAAACCAAUUGAACAUCUGGAAUUUCUUGUAAUGGUCAAAUCUUAUAUGGGGGAAAUUAAAACAUUAAGAACUUCUCAGACGUACCUUGACAUCAGCGAAUACACCAGCGAUGUUAGUGAUAGUUACUAUGUGACUGUGAGUGCACAUGAUGGACAAGAAGAAUCGAAUACAGUCUUCAAUAAAUUCACCUACUCUAUAGACUUGGCUGAUGACAACAUGCAUAAGUGUUCUGUGGAGUUUCCAGCUAUUAACACAUCAGUCCACAAAGAUGUCAUCAGCGUGUUCUUUUCCCACCCUUAUAACAUAUAUGAGCAGAGCAGUCUCUUGGAUGAUUUUCCAUACAGAAUAACUUAUAAUCGGGAAGUGAGAAAUCCUAUUUGUUUUGAAGAAGAAGACCUGUGCACUGAAGAUAUCCACCUUGAUGAAAACUUGGCUGGAAAAUGUUUAGAAUUUAAGUUUGAAGGGAUGGUUGGUGUGCUGUUUACAACUACCUACAAAAAUGUUUGUGUCUCUGAGAUACGUAAUGAUAGGAUUGUUGAUAAUCUGAGCUAUUUCGCAGCUAUAGUAGUUGGAGGAGUUGUGAUUCUCUUUAUCUUUGUGGGAUUCAUCUGGCUUCUCUGGAAGAAAUGGUCCAAAUUCCCCAAAAUUCCUGAAAUGCUGAUGAUCUUUUUGAGUCCACAAAGAUUGCCCACCGUCAUUCACCCGCCGGAGACAAUCGUUGUGUCCAAAGUGUCACCUACGUGUCACGACCCGCUACUAGAGCAACAAGAGUUUGAAGCUUGCGAAAGCCCCACCAUUUCACCACUUGAGAAAGUUACAACAAUUAUCCCUACUGAAACAGAAGUCGUGAUGGUUCCCGAGACAUCUGCUGCAUCUGAAGAGGAUGUGAAUUUUGAGGAAUCCGAGGACUAUGGCAAGUCCUCUGACUAUGACCGUCCCAAAUUCUUGCAGGAGAUGAGCCCAGGGGACUUCACUACAGGAUAUGGUCCACGACCACCUGUGCUUCAAGUUUGAAAUGUGUUUGCAUGAAUGAGAAUUGAAAGCUCUCGGGAGAAAGACUUUGGUCCAAGAAUGAUUUCACACAGCUUGAUACAAAACAUGCUUCAUUGUUAAAAGUGUUUUAUGACUAAAUGAUAGUCACAGAACACAUUUCUUCGCUAGCUUUAACACUCAAACAUAUGCACGAGGGCUACAGAAUGUGACGUAAUAAAUAGCGUCCAUUAAACUUAACAAAGCUGUGUACAAUGCAGGGAAGAAAAGCAGAGGAGAUUCUAUUUAUGGAAGAUGCUAAAUGCUUACUUAUUUGACCAAAAACUUAAAAAGUUAAAUUUUGUUAAACUUUUGCCACAGCCAUCAGUUGAUCAAUAAGAAGAUUAGCAAGUGCAGUUUUGCUUUUAGAAUUACAGUUCGCUGUACUGUAUAUGUGCCUGAUUUCAAACUAACCAAAGUUAUUCCUCAUCCUUAAAACAUAUUAUGCAGUCCUAUUGGUCAAACACACUUUGGGCUCUAUUGCGGAACUCAACUAACAGCUUAUUUGCAUGCAUGCUUAUGUGCCAUGACAAGAAAUGGCAUAUACACAUACAGUAUGGCUAUCCAAAACCAUAAUGUUAUUGAAAACAUUACUAUUAUAGUAUAUGUUUUUUUAUGAAAGAUUAUAGCAUUACUUUUAGAUUUAUGGAUAUAUCCACUUCAAUGCAUUGUGGAUUAAGUCUUGUCCAUCAGAUACUUUCAAAGAAGUCAGAAUGAAAUAACUAAUAGUGCUGAAUUUCAUUUUUUUCAGCAUGGAGCAUUUGUUUGUAUCUAUCUUGCAACUUAGACACAAACUGUUUAAGAGUUGUAACCUGCCAAGCUACUGUUUACAGAUUGGUGAACUGGUUAUACAAUAUCUUACUUUGUUAAAGACAAGCUUUUUUUCUGUUGUUAUAUUGGCACAUUAUGGUAAAAGGAGAAUCCCUCCGAGUUAGGAACCUUGAACCUGGAAAGUAAUUGUUUAUGUGAGAAUGUGCUGAAUGUGUUUACUAGCAUAAAUAGUUAAUGGUGAUAAAUCAACUGUGGUGUUGUAGGCAGACAUUAAUCCUUAUAUUCCCAUAACCUACAAAAAUACAUGAAAUAAACAAGUUCAAGAAAACAAUGUUCUGAAUAGAGAAACGAUAAAACACAAACCCAGAAAGUUUAUAAAGGCAAAUGGAACAUGAAUCCGUUUGUUGAGUAUUACACAUCAUUGGUUAUUUUACUUUGAAUGGCUCUUUGUGUGAAUUUACAUUUUUUUGUAUGUUUUGUUUUAUGUAUAUUAACUUUAUGCACUUUUCUUGGACACUUUAUCAAUCCAAAAACAUGGAGCAAAUUUGAUCUUAAUAGAGAUCUAUAUUGUUAAUCACAUUUCUGAAUGUAUUCAGAUUGAAAGCCUUUUAAGAGACCGUGAGAAGAUCAGGGUGCGCCCAGACUGCUGUGACGCUUUGUGCAUUUGUGUUUGGCCUCAAAAUGGACACUUGUCCCACAAUAACCCUUAAUGCCUUGCACAUUUUGGCACUUGGCAGACAUUUUUCCCAACGUAACUUCCUUUCAGAUAGACAUUUUCUAUUAUCCGAACGUAUAAAGAUUGCCAUGACUUGUGCUUGAAUGUGGAUUUUUUUUUGACAAAAUGUUUUCUUUUAUUAAUGUUUUCCUGAAUGUUAAACUCCAUGCAUGUGAAUUGCAAUAAAUCAUUAAAUAAU